AUGGCUCCAGUUGCGACUUCGGAUCUUGCCAUCGGCUCUGGCCCGGCAGACAAGAAGUCUUUCCGGGAGCCGUUGAAGCUGAGCGGAGUGCUAGACAAGUUCACAACAGAGGACACAACGCCCGUGAUCGGUCGCGAGUUUGUGAACGUCAACAUCGUCGAUGAUAUACUUAAGGCCCCCAACUCGGACGAGUUGCUUCGGGACGUCGCUAUCACAAAUGAGCUCCAGAAAGAGUUCGUGCACAGGAUGGGCCAGCUCGUCGGCAAGCCGUCUAGCUCAACGCUGCACAUCCACCCAGUCCUCAACAGCACAUCGGAAUUCGGACUAGGCGAUAACGCAGUCAGCCACAUCUCCAGUGUCGCAAGGAAGAAGCUGUUCCGCCACAAGGAGCAGCCCAACAAGCGCCGCUAUGACGCCGCCCAGUGGCAUUCAGACAUCCAGUUCGAGCCGGUCCCCGCGGACUACACAUCUCUCCGCCUCACCGAGCUCCCAAAGACGGGCGGCGACACCCUCUGGGCGUCCGGCUACGAGAUCUACGACCGCUUCUCCGAGAAGUACCAGCAGUUCUUCGAGGGUCUCACGGCUACGUUCAGCGGCGAGGGCUUCCUCCGCGCCGCUGCGGCGGACCCGGAUAACGUAAAGAUCUACACAGAGCCGAGAGGCUCCCCUCAAAAUGUCGGCGGGGAGUUGGUCGCCGUCCACCCAGUGGUGCGCACGAACCCCGUGACUGGGUGGAAGAGCAUCUUCGCGCUGGGUCCCUUCCCCAAGAGGAUCAACGAGCUCACCCAGGAGGAGUCGGACGAGCUUUUGCGAAAGUUCGAGAGGGUCCUGCUUGACAACCAUGACCUUCAGGUUAGGUUCAAGUGGAGGAACCCCAAUGAUAUUGCGAUCUGGGAUAACCGUAGCGUCUUCCACUCGGCCACAAAUGACUACGAAGGCCUUGGAGAAAGAUUUGGACACAGGACUGUUGGCAUCGGCGAGAAGCCCUACCUUGAUCCUAGCAGCAGGUCGAGAACGGAAGAGCUGGAAGGUCUUGAAGCUGAGAAGGCUUAA